AAACAGAUUUUUACAGAACAGACGAGGGAAGCUUAUUGAGGGGUUUAUUUUUCUCGAUUUAUUCGUUUGUUUGAAGCUCGCGUGCGGGCACAAAAUGAGCAGUGAUAAGGAAUUCGGUGAAUUCGGUGAAUUACAAAAUUUCAUAGCGCAGGCCAAAUUCAAGAAGGCGUUCGUUUGUGCUGCGAAUGUUCUAGACCAGCGGUCGAGCGGACCAGCACCGACGGUGGCCACGGAAUCCGCUUCGGAAGAUCCGCUUCGUGAGCUGUUCCUGUUUACCAUCAACAAGUACGCGGACCAACUCGAGACGGAAGGCAAGAUUGAACGCGUAUUCGAAAUCAUUGAGCAAGGCUUGGAAUACUUUCCUGGGCAUCCGGAGCUUCUGAACGAGACAGGUGUUCGUCUGCAAAGAUACGGUCGAUCUUUAGAAGCUUCAAUUUGCUUUGAGCGCGUGCUACUGCAGGAUCCACGUUGUCUCAAAGCGUAUCAAAAUCUACAAAACACAAAAUGUGAACUUGUGGAAAGGUGGCAUUUUCGGAUGUUGAAUGAUGUGGUGCGUAAUGCCGCCUUUCGAGCCGCAAUUGAAAACCACAUCGCAGCGGGAUAUGACGAGGUGCUGGACAUCGGCACAGGAACUGGACUACUCUCAAUAUACGCACUGCACUGCGCAGGAAUUCGGAAGGCGGCCGCAUGCGAUGGAUCUGAAAUAAUGGUGCAAAUCGCGAGAGACGUGUUUGGUGCGAACGGGCUGAGCGAUCGUGUUUGUUUGUUCCAGAGCUUCUCACAAGAUUUAAAAAUCGACGACCGGUUUUCUCUCAUCGUUACUGAGACCCUCGAUUCUGGUGCAUUCGGGGAGGGCAUCCUUGAGACGUUAAUACACGCCAAAAAGCAUCUUCUUUUGCCCAGAGGAAAAAUUAUCCCAGCAAAGGUAGCAUUGCAUAUUUCAGGAUAUCAAUCGCGAGCAUUAACCACAAGCAAUAUUUUAAUCAACGAAGCAUUUAGCGAAGAAUUUUCUUUGCCUAGUAAUUGCCUUUUGUCCAAAGAAGGCAACAAGGGCUACGAUGCGGAGGACAUUAGUCGUAUACAGGCGAAUGAUGACUUUGAAUUCGUGUCCGACACGAAGCCAGCACUGGUUGUAGACUUUAACGAUCUCGACUGUCUAAUUCGUCAUAACGACGGAUCGGAAGUAGGCGAAGUGAUUCUAACGUGCCGCGAUAAUGGAUUGCUUCUUGACGGGCUCGUUGUGUGGUUUGAUCUGCAAUUAGACGAUCAGAAUGCCAUCAGUACCGAUCCCACUACAAAUACGUGCUGGAAUCAAGCCAUAUUUCGCUUGAACCAACGGCUUCCGGUGGUAAAGGACCAACAGCUGAAGGUAGCGAUAUCCUGUAAGGAUGGGACGCUUGCCGUAGCCCACAAUCUCAACUCUGUCGAUAAUCAGAUAAGUGUUGAUGAGCAUGUAAUUGAGUUUCUCAACGACAAUGAAUAUUAUUCUAAUCUGAAUGAGUCCGUUGAUGCUCUAUCGGACAUGGAGAAGAUUCUUGAUUUGUCACUCUUUCCUUACGCAGGUUUGAAGCUGCUCAAGGAAGGAAAAGCCCGAAUGCUGUUCUGCCUGGAUCAGGCUGAAGAUUUGGUAGAAUUUAUCGCCAACCAAAACGACAUUCCUAUGGGUAGCAUAAUGCUAAUUAACUCUAUACAGGAGAUAUUAGUUUUGAACGACUACACUCUCGAUCUCAUUAUACUGCAACCGAUAGACGUGUUCGGUCAGAUCAGUAGCGAACUUUUCUGCCUCUAUCAAUCACUCUUACCCAAACUCAAACCAACCGGCACUAUCAUCCCCUCAAUUCUGGAGCUCCAUGGAAGCCUUAUUGAGUCCGAUUGGAUCAUUAAAUGCAGCCGAGUGGACAACAAAGAACUCGAGGAAUUCCAGAUCAGUAAAUAUUUGGCGUCACUAGAAACGGAAAACCAUCUCGAUCUUGGGUCGUUUACUUUCCACCAACUAUCUGAGUCUAUCAAGCUGGCUGAUGUGCAGUUCGACGGUACGCUGCACGAACAUGAUGUGGAAUUAAGACUCUAUGAACCCACUGACGCAACUCGAGUACACGCCAUAUUGUAUUACUAUCAUCUUGGGUUCACACCAGACCUACCAAAGUUAAGCACCAACCGUUCACAUUCUUUUGCUAAGCGCUCGGCUUUCAUCAUUCCGAAAUGUACAUUCCAAGCAACCAGUGGAGCAGCCACCAACAUUGGUGAUCAAUCUGAAGUGGCUAAAGUCCCAAGCCAUUUUGAACCACUAAGCCAGUUGCGCUUGACAGUGCUCCAAAAUCAUGGAGUUUUAAAAUGUGCUGUUGCAACCGCUGACGUCAGGGAAAGUUUAAAAUAUCCUCUAGUCGCAUCUAAUGUGCAAUAUUAGCGAUAGCCGAUCUGUUUCAACACAUCAUUCCACUAUUCAACAAUAACGAAUCUCCCAUCUGCCUAAUAUGCCAUCUGCCUAAUAUGCCAUCUGCCAUAUAUGUAUGGCAGUGUAUUUCCUUGUGGUGGGUGAAAGCAAACUAUGAAAAUUAACUAAAUGUGCUUCAACAACAUGCUAAUAUUGACUGGGAUAUAUGACUCGGGUAUAUGCAUAUGCGGUAAACAUAAAUUCUCCCAUUUUGCGUGUACCUUUUGGUGAAAUUUCAAUGAAUUAAAGAGAAUUAAAAGUAAGAUGGCAUGAUAAUAGAAGCGGUUGAAACACGCAAAACUGAAAGCGCUGCAAUCUGCGCGUAAAACGAAGCAUUCCUUUUUAUUAUUUAUUUGUAUUAAUUUAUUUAUUAGAAUUGAAAACUCAUCAAGAUGGCAAGGAUCACAUAUCACUGGAUGGAUGAUCGAUGAGUAUUUUUAGUUUCAUUUAUUGUGAGGCAUUACGUACAAGUAGCAUUAUAUUCCAGUUAUAUGGUGCAACUCUUUAAAACGUUGUUUCUUGUACUGUGCUGUAACAUAACAAAAAAUAGCAAUUUCGACGGGCUAAUAAAAAAGGUGUGUACACACGAAAACAUUAUUACAAGUAUUGUUCGAAAUUGUUCUCAAUCCGAACUUGUGAGAAAUCCCAACUGUUUUUCCAUAAUCAUGAAAUUACUCAUGAAAUAAAUGAAAUUGGCCCUUGGCCCCAGCAGCUUAUAAAAAAGCUAUAACAGCCGAAAUCCUAUACAUCCUAUCGAUGCUAUAUAGUGUUGGGAGUUCCCGGAUGCACCUACACGGAGCGAUCCGCUCCGACAAAAAAUAGGGUGCACCCGCUCCGAGCAAAAGAUCGCUCCAGGUUCUUUGGAAUCAAAACCGUGUGGUUGACCAAGUCGUAGUCGGCACAUGUUUUUUCCCGCUCUUUUUAAUGAAAAUCAUUGAACUAGUGCAAUCCGUGAACCGCACUCUUGCUCAGUAGCAGGUAGGUUCAGUUCCGAACCUACUCUUUGUCUCAGUCUUGUAGGCAUAGCGAAGCAUUCGCUUCGUCUCAUUUCACGGUGCCAUCGGAACUGCUAUCCGAACCGGCUAUAGUGAAAUAGGUCUGUUCUGGACCGUUUUUUUCGAUAGGUUCUUUGAACACCCAGUUCCGCGGAUCCGUUCCGAAAGCUAAAGAACCCGGUUCCGAUCCGCUCCGAUUUAAAAAAAAAACCCAUCAAUAGGCUCAAUAGCUUGUCGGGCCGCUGAUGGUGCCACCAUGAACUUGGUCUAGGCCUCGUUGACCUGCAAUCCGAGGUCUUUUGCCGCUUGCUCUAUCCGUAUGUAGGCUUGCGCUACAUCGGACAGUCUUAGACCAAUUAUAUCUAUACCAUCAGCGUAUGCCAGGAUCUGGGUUGACUUGAAGAAAAUAGUCCCGGAACUCUACACUUCAGAGUCGCGAAUGGCCCUCUCUAGCGUCAAGUUGAAGAGCAGGCAAGCCACCACAUCCCCCUGACGCAGUCCCUUGGUGGAAACAAAGGGGCUUGAGAGUUCACCUUUACUUGGCAUGUAACGUUGGUCAUAGUCAU